UUGUUUUUUGAUUUUUCCAUUGUUAAACUGUGUUUCUGACUCAACGUUGGCUCGGUGGAUGAUUGAUAGGUGCUGUACAUUAUAAAUUAAUUAACAUUGUUUGGUGCGUAACAAUAUAUCAGAUGAUCACACCCGCGCUUCGGGGAGAGAAGAAUAAGCUUGCAAACAACGUAACGGUCUUAGGCCAACGACGGACGGGCAGGCAGGCUAGCAGGUUCGCUAAGCGUGGAUGCGGUUAAACGGAUUCGACGAAACCGUUCUCAAUCAAUCGCGCGUUUUUCACUGCCCGUUAAACGUUUUGUGUCUGUGUUUGCUGCCUGGUAAAUCAAGAGAAGUUUUGUCUUAGCUUGAAAGAAGUGGUUUCCGUGGUUUACAGAGGCUGAUUAUACGUGGGGCCAGCGCAGCUUUUAAAAUGCCAAAAUCAUUUUUGGUGAAGAAAAAGAAACCUCGACGCGCCGAAGACGGCGAGGCUGUAGAACCCGUGGAAGCCGUUAGGAGUGAGGAUACCAACACAGAUGAAGAACUUUCCUUGGCGGAGGAAAUGGAGGUGGAGACAGUCGAAAUACUUGACGAGGAAGGAAAAGACAAAGAUCACAACAAGGAAAGUUUAUUGAGCAAGGACAUAGAGCAAGAAAUGGCGACUUCUGUUUGUAAGUUUGACGGUGAAAGAGAUUCAUUUGCGGUCCAACCGGUUGAAAAGAGAGACGCGAAACUGGAGCGUUCAAGCGGCUGUAACGAUAUUUGUUGGUGGAGUAGUAUAACCUCGAGGUAUGAAUUACAAAAUCUUCCUCCACCCCCGAAACUCAUCAGCUCUGUGCCGCGAAACGGCUUUUCAAAGAUGCAUCAUUCUCACCCAACAGAACACGAGCGUUCUGUCAUUUCUUUGAAUCAAAGACAUCAUUUUCCACUGACAGCAAACGGUUUUGGCGUCAUGAACUUCCACGAGCAUCGGGUCCCGUCCAUAGCCGAGUCAAUACCUGUUCGUGGAUCCUUGGAUGGGCUUCGAGAACUAUCGCUGAACCUUCGGCAUGUUUCGGAAGGCCGUCGUGAUUCCCCGUUGUGUCCGAGUAUUCCACAGCCAUCACCCGCUCCGCAGUUUAACGGCAGCCAUUUCUUCAUCCACAGUCAUCCGUUUUUAACUUCUCACCAGCAGCAAGAGUGUCUAACAAAUCUGCAAAACAAGGAACAGGCGAGGAAGGGCAGCGAAAGCGAGGAGACGAAAUACAAAUGCGAAAUUUGCAAUAGUUCGUUCACUCUUCAACGCCUUCUCAAUCGCCACAUGAAAACUCAUUCGUUCUACAAGCGUUACCAUUGCCAGUUCUGUACGAAAGGUUUCAAUGAUACCUUUGACUUGAAGCGCCAUAUAAGGACACAUACAGGGAUAAAACCAUUUAAAUGCAGCCGAUGUGACAAGUCUUUCACACAACGAUGUUCUCUCGAGGCGCAUCUAACACGCGUUCACGGCGUGGUACAUAAGUUCGGCUUCCGCGAAAGACGCUCAAAACUGUUCGUUUGCGAGGACUGUGGUAGCACGUUUACGGAAAAUUCCGAUUUUAUGAAGCAUCUGCAUGAGUUUCACCCCGAGACUGAGAAAAUCAUGAGAGCACGAAGAAACGGGGGAUUCGUUCCAAAAUUGAAGGGUGACUGUUAGUUAAGGUACUGUACUCAGAGAUAAAAGGCACUCUUUUAGUCAUAGAUUACUGUGAAGAAGUCGGUCUAAUAUCAAAAGAUACAUUUUGACAACAGCAGUCCUAAUGAAAAGAACUAUUUGGUGAAAUUCCUUACAUAUUCUGUUUAUUCUUUGAAAGCCAGUCGUCAAGGGUCUGUUUUUCUCAUAACCCGAGGCUUUUUAGGAAAAAGGGAUGUCGUGGAUUACAAAUUCACUAGAUCACAGCAAUCAAAAAAAAAAUUAAUAAGCGGAAUGAAUGGUAUUGCGAAGUUCUUUGAUCAAAAUAUUAAGCAACAGUCGUACAAAACUUUGUUCAUUUGCAUCAAUACGAAGCGCUUUUAAGAAAAGAAAUUUAAUGUUUACCAGAUCACAGCGAUUACAAAACAAUAAUGGUUUGGAUGACCAGAGGAAGACCAAAUGGAAAAUUAUUACAAAUAUGGAAUUGUACACUAGCAAAGCUCGGAGCAAGGCUGAAAAAAGUCAAUUUAACUGGCCCUUUAAAGUAUUGAUGAAAUUGUUUUCUCUCGAGAAACGUUUCCCUUCAAAAUUACAUGUUCUUCCUCAGAGAGCUUUUUUCAAGAAGGCUUCACUGAAAUAGCGCGUGUUUGGUUGUCGUUUACUUUUAAGAAAAAUAUGUUAAAUUCCGGCCUCUCAAUGUUCUUAUUAAGCUUUCGCCCUCGUUUGUAGUUGAAUUGUGUUUUUUCUGGUAAGCUGAGUUGAAAAGGAUUACCACAAGCUAGGGUUUUCUAGCACAGCUGUCUCUAAUAUUUUGACUAACUUUGUGACCACGUCUACCUUGGAGAUGAUGGAGGGAGUUGGUUAUUUAGAAGCAUUCAGAUUAUCAAUAAAAAUAGAGUGCCUAGUUUUCGUUUAUCGAAAACAUUAAAACUUCUGCUUUGUAUCUAAGAAUAUCCUAUCACAGAAAGAUCAGUCGUAUUUAAUUAGCUUUGUGCUAUGUUAUGAACGAUAUUCGUAUCUGAGAAACAGAUGUAUAAAUAUUAUUCUCAACUGAAAUACUACAUUAGUUACACUUUUAUGAAUUCAUAAGCAUUCGUUGCGUUCAUUUACCGCCCAUGCAGCUCUUGUAAUCAUUCAAAACGUUUUUCCAUUCGUUUCUUCGCUAGUGAAAUUCGCCUCUUAGUUGCAUAACAUGUUAUAUAAUCGAGCCACUUACAUCGAAAUAAAUUUAUAUUCGUGAAUUAUUAAACAGAACAUGCAUUGAAA